GCCAAGGUGGUCCCCAACGCCCCGAGAGGGGACUCGCUGGAGGUCGGCCUCACAGGCUCCGUGGAGUUCUUCGAGCUUUCGGACGAGGUGGACGAGGAGAACGCGAAGUCGGAAGACGCCCUGGACGAGUGGUACUCGAAGGACGUCGACCUGGUGCAGGACGAAGGGGACGCCGAGCUCGGCGCGCGGCUGGAGGAGCAGCUGGGCCUGCACUCGGACGAGGAGAAGCUGGCGAAGAGCGUGGGCGACCCUUCGAUGUUGGGCGUGCCGGCCUUAUCGUCCAACCACGUUGGCGGCUGGAUCGAGAAGGCCGCGAAGCUGCCCGCGGUGCCGCGCUUUCCGUUGCUGGUGGAGGACAAGUGGCAGCGCCUCUGCUCGGAGAACGCGGCGGUUUACGCCAAGAUGGAGCGCGUCCAGGCGGGACGACGGCUCGCCAACGACAUCAUGGUGGGGAUCAUCCGCGAGAAGGGCACGAAGGAAGAGUUCUUGGAGGAGGUGGAGUUCCCAAGCGUCAGCCUGGCGGCGGUGGCCAGCAGCUCGGAUGCCAAGCCGUGCGCAGCACGGAUCGACCGUCUGGGCGAGAUCUGGCAAGUGCUGGAUGAGGUUCGCAACGACACCAUGGCGGGGAGGAUCGACGGCAGCGACGGUUUCCUGGCUUGGCUCGAGGACUGCCUCGCCGACGUGGAGGAUGCCGCCAUGGGCGGCGACGAGGAGAAAGCAGCCACGGGCUGA